UCCGGGCCGGCGGGAUGAGGGGCCGGAGAAGAAAGCCGGCGGGUCCCGGUGCCUACGCCCGCGCAGGUGGCCAGGAGUUGCCAUAUCGAUAAAGAGCGCGGCGGGGGUGGAAGGGCCGGCACAAAGGCGGGCUGGUAUGUCUUUAAACCUCUGCCGGCAGCUUAGUCACAGCCCCCUCGCUUGGGUGUGUCCUUUGCUCGCUCCCUCCCUCCCUCUUAGGUCACUCUUUCAGCCCUCGAAUAAAAACUGCACCCAACUUCCGAGGCGCCCUCAUUGCCCAGCCGGACCCCAGCCGCUGGCAGGUUCAGGCCAGCCUCCUUGCCCCGUCCUCUGCCGGCCCCCAGCGCCGGGACCCUCCAGCUCCACUCGCUUGUUCUCUCGGUUCGCUCCGACACCAUGGACAAGUCUUGGUGGCGCGCAGCCUGGGGACUCUGCCUCGUGCAGCUGAGCCUGGCGCAGAUCGACUUGAAUAUAACCUGCCGAUACGCAGGUAUAUACCACGUGGAGAAAAAUGAUCGGUACAGCAUCUCACGCACGGAGGCUGCUGACCUCUGCAAAGCUUUCAACAGCACCCUGCCCACCAUGGCCCAAAUGGAGAAGGCUCUGAGCAUCGGGUUUGAAACCUGCAGGUAUGGCUUCAUAGAAGGACAUGUGGUGAUCCCCCGGAUCCACCCCAACUCCAUCUGUGCAGCAAACAACACAGGGGUGUACAUCCUCACAUCCAACACCUCCCACUAUGACACCUAUUGCUUCAAUGCUUCAGCUCCACCUGAAGAAGAUUGCACAUCAGUCACAGACCUGCCCAAUGCCUGGGAAGGACCAGUUACCAUAACUAUCGUUAACCGGGAUGGCACCCGCUACACCAAGAAGGGUGAAUACAGAACAAACCCUGAGGACAUCAACCCUAGCAACCCUACUGAUGAUGACGUGAGCAGUGGGUCCCCUGGCGAGAGAAGCACAUCAGGAGGUUACAGCAUCUUCCACACCCUCCUUCCAACUGCACACCCGACCCGCAACCAAGACAGCCCCUCCGUGUCCAGCCACCCAGAGAACACCUACACGACCAUUCUGCUGAGCACUAGCGGUACAAGUCCCAAAACAACAACCAAGAGGCAAGGAGCCCAGGACUGGUUUUCAUGGUGGUUUCAACCAUCAGAGCCCAAGAAUCAUCCUCACACAACAACAGUAAUGGCUGGUACGGAUUCAAAUAUCAUCUCAGCAGGCUGGGAGCCAACUGAAGAAAAUGAAGAUGAAAGAGACAAACACCCCAGUUAUUCUGGAUCAGGCAUUGAUGAUGAUGAAGAUUUUAUCUCCAGCACCAUUUCAACUACAUCACGGGUUUUUAACCACCCAAAACAGAACCAGGAUUGGAUGCAGUGGAGCACAGGCCAUUCGAGUCCAGAAGUAUUACCUCAGACAACCACAAGGAUGACUGAUGUGGACAGAAGUGGCACCAGUGAUUAUGGAGAAAACUGGACCCAGGACCCACACUCUCCUCUCAUUCACCAUGAGCAUCAUGAGGAAGAGGAGACCCAGCCUUCUGCAAGCACAACUCAGGCAACCCCUAGUAGUGCAACAGAAGAAACAGCCACCGAGAAAGAGCAGUGGUUUGAGAAUGGAUGGCCUGGGGAAUAUCCCCAAAUGCCAGAAGACGACUCUCAUUCAACAGCAGGGACAGCUGCCUCAGCCCAUGACAGCCAUCCAAAUCAAAGAAUGACAACACAGCAUCAAGACGACAGUUCCUGGACUUACUUCUUCGACCCAAUCUCACAUCCAAUGGGACACGGUCAUCAAACAGAAAGAUGGAUGGAUACAGACCCCAGUCAUAGUACAACACCUCAGUCUUCUGCAGAUCCAAACACAGAUUUGGUAGAAGACUUGGACAGGACAGGACCUCUUUCGAUGACAACUCAGCAGAGUGAUACUCAGAUCUUCUCUACAUCACAUGGCGGCUUGGCAGAAGAUAAAGACUAUGCAGUGACUUCCACUUCAGCAUCUAGCCAUAGGAAUCAUGGCAGAGGUGGAAGAAGAGGUGGAAAUCUUCCUGAAGAUUCAACUGCUUCAGUGGAAGGUUAUACUUCUCAAUCCCCAGACACAAAGGAGCUCAGCACCCUCAUCCUAGUGAACCCAUCUUUGACUGGGUCCCCCCGAGUUACUGAAGUUACUGUUGUUGGGGAUUCCAAUGUUAAUCUUGACCGUUCCUUCUCAGAAGACCAAGACUCAUCCCCAGACCACAGUGGGAGGUCCCACACCACUCAUGGAUCGGAAUCAGCUGGACACUCAAGUGGAAGUCAAGAUGGUGGGGCAAACACAACCUCAGGUCCUAUAAGGAAACCUCAAAUUCCAGAAUGGCUGAUCAUCUUGGCCUCCCUCCUGGCUCUGGCUUUGAUUCUUGCAGUUUGCAUCGCUGUCAAUAGUCGAAGAAGGUGUGGGCAGAAGAAAAAGCUGGUGAUCAACAAUGGCAAUGGAGCCGUGGAAGAGAGAAAGCCAAGCGGACUCAAUGGAGAUGCCAGCAAGUCUCAGGAGAUGGUGCAUUUGGUGAACAAGGAAUCGUCAGAGACCCCAGACCAGUUUAUGACAGCUGAUGAGACACGGAACCUGCAGAAUGUAGACAUGAAGAUUGGGGUGUAACACCUGCACCACGGCCUUGGAAAGAAACAACAAUCGGAGACACAACCUUACAGGGAGCUGGGACACUUCGCAGAUGCAAUGUGCUACUGAUUGUUUCAUUGGGGAUCUUUUUUAGCAUAAAAUUUUCUACUUCUUUUUGUUUUUUGUGUUUUGUUUUUUAAAGUCAGUUCCAAUUUAUAAAAACAGAAUUGCUUUCUGAAAUGAGGGCCCAAUUCAUACUUGGCAAGAAUUUGGCUGUUCCAGUUCCCACCUAGGAGCCUCUCACCUGCUGAGGUGUGCUAUGGAUAACUUCUAACAAAAGCCACAAAUACAUCUUCCUGAUCCCCAGCCUUUCCUCCACUCCACCUCCCAGCUAAUAGCCAUCUGCUGAGGACAUCCCCUGGGCUGGGAGGGAUUGGUCCCAGCCAAGAAAUCUGAAUGGGUCCAUAUUGCCCCUCCUCUUCCAGCCCAGCCUAAUCCCUGGGCAUUUCUUUCCAGUGGGUUAGGGAAUCAGGGCAUACUGGUUACACAUCGCCUUCUACAGACCCCAUGGAAAUUUUUCACAUGCUUCUGGGAAAUACCCAAAGGGUGAAGCUAUUUAUCUGUAGUAAGCUAUUUAUCUGUGUUUUUUUUUGAAAUAUUAAACCCUGGAGGUCCUUUGAUCAGUAUGAUUUUUUUUUUUUUGGUUACUUUGUCAGAGGCAUAAGAGGGUUUAAGCUGGUUCAUAAUAAAUACCUGUACUUCUUCCACCUUAACUCUUGGUGCUGUGUUCCUUCAGUUUCUGAGUCCCAACAGCUCAUCAGGAAGAUGUGAGAAGGUCCUCCUUGAAAGUCUUCAUCUCAGAGCCACUAAACCCCCAAUCAGGGCAUUCAACUCUCAGAGAUCAAGGGAAGAUAAUGUAUUUUAUUUCCAAGUCUCCAAAGGCUUUCUGUCCUGUCCUAGAACCAGAGUUGGGGAGGAGAGGAGGAGGAGCCUCAGCUGCCUUUAGUUCUUACAGUCACCUGUUCUCAUCUCUGAGAGGCUAUGAAAAGUCACAUAGUAUUUGCAUGACCUACUAUUUGUGGCCUCCCCUUUCAUAGAUGCUGACUCUAUUAGUGAUGCCCCAAAACAGUACAGAAGUGCCUUUUGACUUCUUGUAAUAAAGGGAGAAGCCAGUGGAAAUGAAAGAAAGCUUAGGCAGUAGCCAAAUGAUUGCCACUGGUUGGGGAAAUGGUGGGGAGGGAGCAAUGGAGAUCUUGCUUGAAUAUUUUUAUGGCUGUAUUUGUUGAUACUUUAACAAGCUGGUUGUCUGUCUCUAGUGCAGCUGCUACACAGGUAAGUUAAGUACCUGGGAAAUCCCCUAGAAGGCUACAGGACUUCCCACCAUUGGAAUCUUAUCAUUAGAUAAGCAGGUUUAUGGUCAGACAAGAGAAUUAGUGGCUUUAUCUCUGCCCUGGCAAGUCCUUUGUAGUUCUUAUUGGUCCCUUUGGUCCUGGAACUUCCAAAGGCCACUUGUAAUGAAGAAAUUGAAUCUAUAAAAUAAUGGCUCCUAUAAAAUGGGACUUCCUUCCUUAGACACCUAUAAAAAGUCAUCGGUUGCCUAAGCUAAUAUGCUUAACUGGCAGUGUUUCUCAGAUCCCCCGUCCCCAUCAAGAAAAAAGAAGGGAAAAAAAUCUCCCAUGUUGUAAAGCAGGGUUGGGCUUAUACAACGAGGUGGUUUGCAAGGAUAUAUUUGAAGGAGAGAUGCCUGCUUUCUGUAUGCAUUCCCUACCUCUGCUCUCCCCUAUCCACCUUUAAAACCCCCUCUCCAUCAUAGCUUUUGAAAGCUUCCUUUCUCUUCUGUGAACAUCAUUGGCUAGUUCCAUAUUCAGGCAUCUGGCUUUCUUUUUAUUGAAAGGAAAUGGACAUCUGGCCACUCUGUGGUUACUGCCACUAGUGUCCAAAUGCUCCCUGCGUUCCAAGAGCUUUCCGGGGUCUGCUGCAGACUCACACAGGCUCGCUCAGUCUCUUUCUGAAUGCGACAAGCCAUGCUGGGGUCAGGUUCAGGAGAGCUACACCAGGCUCUACCUGUCCUUCAGAUUCUCUUUGGGGCCAAGGAUAGAAAUACAAGUCUCAAAGCACCGGGUGGUUUUCUACUCCUUUUAGAAA